GAGGAAGUAGUGAGGCAGCAGAAGGCGGAAGUAAACAUGGCCCAGAAGCAAAGCAUGGCGGUUCCUGAGUUCCUCAGUAAAACACAGUUAUUAAAACAAGGAGCAGAAGCCCGGGUGUACCGGGCAAGCUUUCUGGGAAAGCCGACUAUUGUGAAAGAAAGGUUCCCGAAGCGUUACAGACACCCAGUGCUGGACGAAAAGCUGACACACCGCAGGACGGUCCAGGAGGUCCGCUCCAUACUCCGCUGCCGGAGAGCAGGCAUAUCUGCCCCUGCAGUCUAUUUUGUGGACUACACAUCCCACUGUAUUUUCUUGGAGGACAUCGUGGGUUCCUCGACUGUGCGUGACCACAUCGCAUCUACUCAGCAGUCUGGUUCCUGUAAGGAGCUGGAGCGGCUGGCUGAGAAGGUGGGCCAGAUCCUGGCCAAAAUGCACGAUGAGGACGUCAUCCACGGGGACCUGACCACCUCCAACAUGUUGCUGAAAUGGGGCCGGGAGGACGGGGAGCCAGACCUGGUCCUCAUCGACUUCGGACUGAGUUACAUCUCUGCUCUGCCAGAGGAUAAGGGAGUGGACUUGUACGUGCUGGAGAAGGCUUUCCUCAGUACCCACCCCAACACAGAGGUGCUGUUUGAGAAGCUGCUGAAGAGCUACACAGCAUCAUCCAGGAAGUCGGCAGCCGUCAUUAAAAAGCUUGACGAGGUUCGGUUGAGAGGGAGGAAGAGGUCGAUGGUGGGAUGAUCCUUGCCGUGUACAGGGACAAGCCUAUCAGGGACAUGAUGUUCCUAAAAAACAAGUUAGAAUUACAAAGCUGUCAGUGUGCAGAAAGACUGUUGUAUGUAAAGUAUGAUCAAAUAAAAAAGUGUAAGAAAAAGGAAGGAAGUUUUCUCUUAUGGAAGGCAGAAAUAAUAAAACAGAAGGACUUGGGCAGAAUGA